AUUAGGUCACCCAUAGACAUGAGUAAGGAAAAUGGAUUCCAAGUGCGCAACCUGUGCAAAUUUUGUGACAUUAAAGUUACAACCUGCUUAAACCAACAUGAGUGUAAGAGCAACUGCAACAUCACUUCUAUCUGCGAGAAUAGCAAUGAAGUCUGUGUUGCUAUAUGGAGACAGAAUGAUGAAAAUAAGACAUUAGAAACAAUAUGCCACGACCCCCAGAAAAAACUCUACGGUCACACGUUGGAUGACUCCAGCUCAGAUAAGUGUCUAAUGAAAGAAAAGAAGGAAGUUGGAGGAUUGAUGUUCAUGUGUUCCUGUACAGGAGAAGAAUGCAACGACAUGCUGAUUUUCUCAACAGAGAGCCCCCAUAAGCCAGAAGAGAAAGAUGAAAUUUCCAAAGUCACAAUCAUAAGUCUUGUCCCAUUGCUGGUGAUUUCUGUUGCUGUGAUUGUUAUAUUUUAUGCCUACCGCACUCAUAAGAAGAGGAAGCUCAACAAGGCAUGGGAGAAGAAUGUGAAGCCCAGGAAGCAUAAGGACUGCAGUGAUGUUUGUGCCAUUAUGUUAGAUGAUGACCGCUCAGACAUCAGCUCCACUUGUGCCAACAACAUCAACCACAACACAGAACUGCUGCCCAUUGAGUUGGACGUUGUUGUUGGCAAAGGCAGGUUUGCUGAAGUGUAUAAAGCCAAACUGAAGCAAAACACAUCUGAGCAGUAUGAAACCGUGGCAGUCAAGAUUUUCCCCUAUGAAGAAUAUGCCUCCUGGAAAACAGAGAAAGACAUUUUUUCAGAUGUAAACCUCAAACAUGAGAACAUCCUCCAAUUCCUGACAGCAGAGGAGCGCAAGACAGAUCUCGGUAAACAGUAUUGGUUGAUCACUGCCUUCCAUGCAAGAGGAAACUUGCAGGAAUACCUCACACGGCACAUCAUCAGCUGGGAGGACCUCUGGAAACUGGGGGGCUCUUUGGCUCGAGGGAUUGCCCAUCUGCAUAGUGAUCACACACCCUGUGGUCGUCCCAAAACACCUAUCGUGCACAGAGACCUGAAGAGCUCCAACAUCCUGGUGAAAAAUGAUUUAACCUGCUGUCUCUGUGACUUUGGGUUAUCCCUGAGGCUGGAUCCUUCUCUGUCUGUGGAUGACUUGGCCAACAGUGGACAGGUCGGCACAGCGAGGUACAUGGCCCCUGAGGUUUUGGAGUCCAGGAUGAACCUUGAGAAUGUGGAGUCCUUCAAGCAAACGGAUGUGUACUCCAUGGCUUUGGUCCUCUGGGAAAUGACAUCUCGCUGUAAUGGUGUGGGAGAAGUGAAAGAGUACGAGCCGCCGUUCGGCUCCAAAGUGCGAGAACACCCCUGCGUGGAGAGCAUGAAGGACAACGUCCUCAGAGACAGAGGGCGGCCGGAGAUCCCCAGCUCCUGGCUCAACCACCAGGGCAUCCAGAUGGUGUGCGAGACCCUCAUCGAGUGCUGGGACCACGACCCCGAGGCCCGGCUCACGGCGCAGUGCGUCGCCGAGCGCUUCAGCGAGCUCAAGCACCACGACAAGCUCUCGGGACGGAGCUGCUCCGAGGAGAAGAUCCCUGAGGACGGCUCCGUCACCACCGCCAAGUAGCAGCAGCCAAGAGCUCCUGAAGGGAGGGAAGUUGCUCCUGAACACCUUCACCUUGGCCAAGGAAGGAGUCCCGCUCAGUGCCUUGACUCGCUUCCUGCAGGAUGGAGACUGUCACUGCUCCCCUUAUGCUGUGGCUCCAGAUGGGGAGACCUCUCUGUGGGAAUUGAAAGCUGGGGAGUAGGUGUCAUACUAUAGCAUCGGCCGGCGGUAUCUUGCCACGGGAGGAGCUAUGUAUGUUAGCACUUCCUCAGGAAACGAGAUAUGAGAAUAGCUAAUAACAUUAUGCACUUUAUUAAUGCCUGUAUAUAACUAUGAAAUUGCUAUUUUUAUAUAUAUAUAUAUAAAGUGUGUGUGUGUAU